AACGAGGAAGUGGAGCUGGAGGGGCUGGGGGCCGAGGAGCUGGAGGCCGGCGCCGAGGAGAAGGAGCUGCUGCUGCCGCAGGACGCGGUCUCGCCCCCCGCCGCCGGCCCCAUGUUCGCCGAGAGGAACCGCCGGACACUGGCGUUUCGGGGCGGCGGGGGGCUCCUGGCCGCCCCCCCCGCCGCCAACAAUGGCUGCGAGGCCUCGGCUUGGCCGCGGAAGCACUUCAAUGGGCGGGGGGCGGACGAGGAGAUGGAGCUGGAGGGCGCGGAGGGCCUGGAGCCGGAGGGCCUGCUGGAGGGGAAGGAGCUGGUCCAGGACGGGGGCUCCCUGAGUGACAGCAGCGACGACGAGGAGGACGGCGAAGGGGGCAGCCUGGGCGACGGCAGCGGCGCCGAGGGCGGCAGCUGCAGUAGCGGCAGGCGGUCGGGGGGCGACGGAGGGGACGAGGCGGAGGGCAGCAGCGUGGGCGCGGGGGAGGGGGAGAGCAUCAAGCAUUUCCCGCUGGCCAGGCCCAAGUCGCUGCUGCAGAAGCUGCACAUCUCCUUCCAGGGCUCCUGGCUCAAGGAGUUCCCAUGGCUCUACUACUGCCAGGAGACCGGCCUCAUGUCCUGCGCCUGGUGCACCGCCGCCGCGGCCGCCGCCGCCCCCCCCGAGCUCAUCAUGGCCGGCGGGGCCCUGCCCGGGGGGCACGACGAGCUCUGCAAGGGCACCCGCAACUACAAGCGGGCCCUGCUCCUGCGGCAUCACCUCUCCGCCGAGCAUCGCCUCAACGAAGCUAAUUAUGGUUGUGGGUUUGUUUGUUGUUUUUUUUAAUUGCAGGAGUCAGAGUUACCAUCAGAACUGAAUAAUGAAGGAUACUGUGAUUUUAACAGCAGGCCAAAUGAGAACUCUUACUGCUAUCAGCUCCUGCAAGAGCUCAACGAGCAGAGGAAGAAAGGCAUUCUUUGUGAUGUGAAUAUUGUGGUGAGCGGGAGGGUCUUCAGAGCUCACAAGAACAUCUUGGUUGCAGGCAGCCGCUUCUUUAAGACUCUGUAUUGCUUUACAAACAAAGAAAGCCGUAACCAAACCACUGUUACCUAUUUAGACGUUGUUGCUGUUCAAGGUUUUUCUGUCAUCUUGGACUUCUUAUAUUCUGGUAACCUCGUACUUACGAGCCAAAAUGCCAUUGAAGUGAUGUCGGUGGCCAGCUACCUUCAGAUGACGGAGGUUGUCCAGUCCUGCCGCAACUUCAUUAAAGAUGCCUUAAACAUAAGUAUAAAAUCAGAAGCUCCAGAGACCGUUGUUGUGGAUUACAACAGAAGAUCUGUUAGUAGGGAUGGUUUAUCUCCAAGGGAUCAGAAAGUUGCCAGCUUCUGGGCAACGCGAAACCUUACCAACUUGGCGAGUAGCAUAAAAACUGAGAACGAUGGGUACUCUAUUGAUGAGAGCCAAAUGGAAAGCUACCAAAUGAAUGACUGCGGUUGGGUCCAGGACAGCUCACCUGAAAUGGCUGAAAAUGAAUCUCAAGGUGAGGGAAAAGUUUUUGUAUGGAAUGACAUGGGUGCACAGGGACAAUCAGUUCAAGAACCUGGAAAAGCAAGAAGGAAAAACCAAACUGCAAAGAGAUUUAUUUAUAAUAUACCACCUAAUACUGAGGAGAACUCGGAAGAUUGCUCAGUGUUGCAACCGUCAGUCCCAUAUCCAGAAGAAGAUUUGUCAUUUAUUAAAGAAGAAGCAGGUACUUCAAGUGACUUCAAGUACGGGCUGCUGCCGGGGACUUCAGGUGACUUCAAGUACGGGCUGCUGCCAGGUACUUCAGGUGACUUCAAGUAUGGACUGCUGCCGGGGACUUCAGGUGACUUCAAGUACGGGCUGCUGCCAGAAUCUUGGCCAAAAGAAGCUUGGGAAAAUGGCGAUUCCUCUGCAUUAAUCAUGAACAAGUUGAAGUGUCCACACUGUAAUUAUGUAGCCAAAUACAGAAGAACACUAAAGAGACACUUGCUCAUUCACACAGGCGUGAGAUCUUUCAGUUGUGACAUCUGUGGGAAGCUGUUCACUCGAAGAGAGCAUGUAAAGAGACAUUCCUUGGUGCAUAAAAAGGAUAAGAAGUAUAAAUGUAUGGUGUGUAAGAAGAUCUUCAUGCUCGCGGCCAGUGUUGGGAUAAGACACGGAUCACGGCGUUACGGAGUUUGUGUAGACUGUGCAGAUAAAUCUCAACCUGGAGGGCAGGAGGGAGCAGACCAGGUGCAGGACACGGAUUUCCCUAGGGAUGAAGAAUACGAGGAGAACGAAGUGGGAGAAGGUGACGAGGAGCUCGGUGACGAUGUAGAAGACCAGACCGAGCAGUCUCGAUGGGAUGAAUCCGGGGAAGUUUGUAUGCCUUUAGAUGACUGACAGAGCAUAUGACUUCAGGGUGCUGCAAAUGGACGCUACACGGAUGGACUGUUGGAAUUUUUGGACUGAAGGCUUGUGAAAUAUGGUACAGGCUGGAUGGUAGUUAUGUUGCUGUGAAAAAAGUAGGGUCAAAGCCUUAUAGCAAAAAAGGAUUAUUAAUUUUUUUAUGAUAUUUGCACAGGACUGUACAGCAUACAACCAUUUGGUUGAAUUAUACAGAGCCCUCACAUCUACAGUCAGUUAUCAAAAGAAAAAAUGUAUUUUUUAUUAUUUAUAGGAUAUAGCUACUUGGGUCCUAUUCAGACAUAGUAGUAACUGUACUUAACGUUAAACAUUCAUGUAUCUGUUAACAUGAAUGAAGAAAAUUGGUAUGGAAAUACAAAGAGAGCUUUCCCAAAUGCACUCAUACUUUGUCAGUGAACCAGUGAAGCUAAUUUGGGCUAGUGACUCUGUUUUCCACAAGCAUGUCUUUGCCAUGCAAACCUUACCUCUCCCUUACCCUGAUAGGUGAAAGCCAAUCAUUUAAAUAUGCAUCACAGAUAAUGCCAACACUGUGUUGAAAUUGGGGUUUAAACCUUUUGGCUCUAUGCUCGCAGGUGGUAUAGAUGGUAAGCACUGGAGAAGUUAACAAUGGCAUUAAUUUAGUGUCUAUUUCUUCACAGCUCUGAAUUUUCAAGAAGGUUGUUACUGAUUUCAUCAAUUCCGUAAUGAUCUUGCAGAAGAAAUGACCAAUAAUGAAAAUAAUAGGCUGAUCAGAGCAUGGGUAACUCUUCUGCCCCUUGGUCAAAAGAGAUAGUCAUGCGAAGAACCCUCUGAUGUACCGAUGUUUCCUCCCUCCUGUAAGGCCCCCUUUCUCAAACUUUCUGACUUCCCUGGUGUGUACCUCAGUCCCACAGAAUAAAAAUACACGGAAUGGAGAAAGUGUCAUACUAAACGACUUUUUUGGUUGAUAAAUUUCUUACUUGUCUGGUUUUUGGCUAGUUUAUGUGAUGUGAAUUGGACACUAGGCUGUUGUGCCCAUCGUUCGUCAUUAAAAUGAACACCAACUAUUUUUUAUUCUUUUGUACUUAAUGGGUUGUUGCUAGUUUUUAAUAUAAACCAAUUACAUUUAACUUGUUGACCUUAUUUGCUGGAUUUUUUUUUUUUUUAAAGAAAAACAGAAAGUCCAAAGCAAAAUAAUGCUGAGUUUUCUACUUUUCAGGAUGAUAUGCUCCCUACACUCUUUAUUUCAAAUCUCCUAGGAGGCAUUGAAACUUGAAUUUUUAUAGCCACGUGGAUUAUUUUUUUCCUAAGCUUGUAAUAUUGUACCAAUGAUUUCAGGCCUUUUUCCUAGGGAGGGGAGGGCAUUACACCUUCAUCUUAAACUCCUCUGUGUUAUCUAGGCUAAGGGUAAUGAAUUCAGGCAAUCAUUGGGACAAUACAUCUGAUGUACUAUUAUGUCACGACGAGUCAAUAUGCAGAGCAUUUAUCAUGACACGUAGCUAGGCCAGAGUGACAGUACUGUAUAAAAAAGCAAUUGAGGGUCACCAUAUUCUCCAGCUUUGUUUAAUUUUAAAAUGAGUAUAUUUUUUUCCUAUUUUAUAUCAGGUAACUAAAUUAUGCUAGUUGUGUGGAUAACUUUGAACUAUGCUUUGACGGACAGAAUCUUAAUGGUGCUCCAUCUGAUCAAAGUUGGUAUGUAUUUAAAGAGACAAGCUUUACUGUUGUCCUUUACAUCAGUAGAACAGUAACAUAAUGUUAAGACAUUGUUUUUGCUGAUUGAAGCUGAGAUAAGUUUGAACUACAGUUAUAUGGGAAUUAAAAUGCUUUUUUUUUUAUCAUCCACUUGUUUCAUUGGUAGUUUCCACAUCAUUGUAAACCUAACAGAUGAUUAGUUUUUUGGGGGAGGGUGGGGUGGGUGGGAUGCCUUUUUUUUUUUUUUUUUUUUUUUUUUCACUUAAAAUUUCUAGGCUGAAAUGAGUAAUGUGUAAUUCUGGUGGGGUCCAAAGUAGAAAUUAGUUGGGCAAAGAUCAUAUGAAUGAAAAAGUAUUUUAAACGUUAAAGUAAUGUUCUGCUUUGUGAAUAUGUAAGUAUAGCAUAAAGGUUUUUCCAUCCCAUCUAUCCCCUUUAAAACCAUAGUUUACAAUUGGUAGAUCUGUCUAUAUAUAUAAAUAUAUAUAUAUCUGAAAUUCACCUAAAUCUGCUUUAUUAGAAUACUGCUCACUUAAUGCUUAGAAACUGGACCUGGCUCUACAUUCUUAAUGUAUUUUCCUCUUUUUUUUUGUUUUGUUUUGUUUUUUUUUUCCUCAAGGUAUGAACUUAUUCUCUUGGAACUGAAUCUUCUUUUACUACUUAAAUCAUUUAUGUAUAUCUGGUAAAUUAUGACCAAAUUUGUUGUUAGACUGCAUACAGUAAAUUGAAAUAUACACUUCGUACACUACA